ACUUUCUGGGAAGUGUUCCUCUUUAUUUUUGAGAGCUAAGCGCUGAGCCACAGUGCUACAUCUCUGAGACUAUUCACCAUGUCCCUCAAGAUGCAGAGAACUUACCCUGCAUUGUGCCUCCUUGGGGUCUUGUCUCUACUGCAAUGCCCACCUGUCCUGUGUGAUUGCAGAAUGCCUCCCAUCAUAGCCCAUGGAUCCCGUAAAGAUGUGAGUCUAUUUUUUUCCUCUACUACUGUGGUGCAGUAUGAAUGUGAUGAAGGAUAUGUUCUGGUUGGAGAAGCUAAAAUCACCUGCAAAAAUUCACGCUGGUCGUCUCCAGCCCCUCAGUGUAAAGCUCGGUGCCGGAAACCAGAGAUAGAAAAUGGAAAUCUGUCUGUGGACAAGGAUCAGUAUGUGGAGCCUGAAAAUGUCGCUGUCCAGUGUGACUCUGGUUAUGUUGUGGUUGGUUCUCAAAGUAUCACCUGCUCAGCGAAGGGCACCUGGUACCCAGAGGUGCCCAAGUGUGAGUGGGAAGUCCCUCGGGGCUGUCAGCAAGUGCUAACAGGCAGUAAACUCAUGCAGUGCCUCUCAAGGCCAGAGGAUGUGAAAAUGGCCCUGGAGUUCUAUAAGCUAUCUCUGGAGAUUCAACAGAUGGAGCAAGAGACUUGAAGAGGAACCCCAGUUAGAAAUCAAUACAUCUAUUUUUCUCUUCCUUCUUUUCCCCCAAAAUAGCGAAUUAGGUACAUUUCUCUUAUUAGCAACUUUACUGUUCCUUAAAUACUAUUAUUUACUGAAAAAAAUUAUGUUUUAGGUGAAUCUGUUGAUAUUCAUAGUGCUACUGAUAAUGUGGAAUUAUUGAUGAGUUACAUCUUAGCUCAGCUUAAGCUUCUGCUUUCCAGGGUUUGGUGGAAUGACAAAUAUAAAUAACCACCAGUCAAAAAUCCAGUGUCUUUGUUUCCACUUUGAUUCCUGUGUAAUGAAAACUUAGAGCCCUAUAUAAAUCACUUCCUAAUGUUUCUCUGAUUAACUUUCUGUUUUACUGUAUCGGAAGGUAUAUGUGGUCCUGGAAAAUGCAUAGUUGUGCCUUGUCUGCAGUGUCUUUGCCCUUUAUUUUCACCUCCUUCAGUGCCCGGGUCAAACAUCACAUCUUCCUCCAAGUCUUCUCCUUUCUCUCUCUAUUUGAUCACCAGUGUUUCUCUAGAACAACUUCUCACUUCCUCUUUCUCUUUAAGGUACAUUUGACUUUGCUUGACAUCUCUUCCACCCAAUAAUAACCAGCCUGAAAGUCUUUGAAAGCCUGAUCUGUGUAUAACCCGGGUAUUCCUCCCGAACAUGCAAAGUCUUCCAAUUCAAUCUGAUCACUCUUUUCUUUAAUAUUUCAAUUGAAACGGCUUUAGUGUCUCUCUUAGAUCAGAUUCCUCAGAAGCAGACCCUGAGAAAAAGAUCCACAUGCAAGUAUUUAUUAAGGAAGUGUUCCAAGGAGAAAUGGGAAAAGGAGUAGGGUGAGCAUGACAGGACAGGGAAGGAACCUAGCGGGGCCAUCAAGCAAAGUCCUACGGAGGGUGGCAUAGCUUUGUCCUAAGAGGGAAGUCUGGAUUAUGAAUUUGUUUAAAUUUCGCCCCAAUUCCAGGUAAAGGAACCGGUCUUUCCUUCUGCUGUACCAACAAUUAUUGGUGAGGGGCCACUCUGGGGGCACACGAGCCCUCAGGGCAUCCAGUUAUCUGUGUGUGAGGGCAAAGCUGUCUAGAAGCUGGAGGGGAGUCCUCCCAAGAGAUUAGAAGAUAUGACCAUGAGAAAACAAAGCACACAUAAGCCUGCAGAGGGCUGCACAGAAACGGCAAAAGGAUCUGAGGGGGCUGGCCAGAGCUCCUCAGGGCUUAUCUGACGCAAGACUGGACUUUCACAUUGAAUGUUAUGUAACUGUGAUCUUAAAAGACCAUUGCCUUUCCCUGCCACCAGGAACAUCUUCUAGCUGACUUUCUCUGCAAGACACUACCAGCCUCUAGGCUUUUCUGGUCUGACACUUUCCCUUCUCAAAUCUCCCCUUGUCACACUUCACCCAUUCUUGCCCCUACUGCCCCUCAACCAUUUCCCUUCACUUUAUUAGGGAAAGCACUUUAGCUCCCUGUCUUUCUCUAGUCUCGGGGCUUUUAUGUCCAAAAAUUCAUGAAUGUACUUAGAUAAAUAAAGGGCCAUCCAUUCCAGGUGUGGGCACCAAGCUAUAGAGAAGAUUCAGGAGAAUCUCUGAAAUAUGAGUCUUUCCGUAUUUCCUUCCCUGUGGUCUCUAUGGGGCACAGUGUGCAGACAUUUUCGCACUUAAGUGAAUCAUGUCAUGAUCUUUUUAUUUGUUAAUUCUAAAUUAAUUACACAUAAUUAUAAUUAUGGAAGUAAUGUAUGCAUAUGAAAACAAGAAUUCAAACCUUACAAAGGGAUUUAUAAAAACUAAAAAUAAAAUUAUCGUCUCUGCCUCAGUCCUACUCUAACUUGAGUUUUUCUGCUAAUGACCUUAAUCACUCUAAAGAGGAUGCACACAAUAUAUCAUUUGACAUUUUAUUUCUAAACCAUAUGUUUUGAUUUCUUGCUACAAAUAAUCAGUCUAACUCCUACUUUCCCCCUCCACUCUCCCUCAGUCAGUUUUAUAUUCUUUUAUUAAUUACCUAUCUUUAUGGCUUUAAAUAAUGUACUUAACUUCUUUUACUUACACAACUUUAUUUUUAAUAACUUACUAUUUUAUUAAAGUAAUACAAGUAGAUAAUUAAAAAGUCAUACAAUCCCAAAAGAUUUAUAGUGAAAAUUCUGGUAUUCUGACCCACUCAAUCCCACCCUUUGGUCUUAUUCCCCCAAAAUAACCACUUUCAACUCCUUUAGCUCUUUCUUAUCAGUUUUAUCUAUAUAUUUCCAAAUAAUAUUUUCAUGCCAUUUAUGUUUAUUUACUAUUUUUAAUUAUAUACUGACCUGCUUUAAGAGAGAAUAAGAGUUUAGGUCCUUUGCAGCAUCAUGUUUCCUCACAGUGUUGUUAUAUCCUGCUCCUUGUUAAAUUAGUAUUCAACAUUCACAUUAUUAUGAUAUGCAAAUCUUGAUCUUUGCUAAGCCAAGGUAAGCCAAGCAGUAUCUAUGAACACGUUUCCUUAUAAGACAACUCUUUAACUUUUAUGGCAUUAAUAACUUCUCUUGUUUUUUGGUUUAGUUUUCUAUGUUCCUCUUGCUGAUUCUUGCUACAUGCUCCAAAGAUCUAUCAUAAACUAGCAAUAUAUUUCCUAAUGCUCAGACACGUCACAUCCUGUUUCAACUCCACACACUUCCCCACCACCACUCCAACAGACUUCUUUCCCAGGCCCUCUGUUCACUGGUUCUGAAAUGAACUGUUUACUUUUAAAUCUUAGGUCUUCCCUUCGCUGUUCUUUUUAUUACUUUGAUUCCAAAUCUUCAUGAGUUUUGGUUUAUUUCCUCAUUUCUGCUGGAGCAGAUCCUUCAGAAGGUGCCUAAGACAGGGUGCCUGGGAAGUAAAUUUUUGAGCCUUUACAUGUCUCAAAAUAUAUUUUUUGGCUACCCUUACAGUUAAUUGAUAGACUGCUCAUAUGUAGAAGUCUGGACUCUCAAAAUUUUGAAGCCAUUCCUUCAUUGCCAUGUGCUUUCCAGUGCUGCUAUGGAAUAAUGCACAAUAUUCCAAUCAUCGAUACAAAAUUAUUGAUCUGUUUUUUUCUCUCUUUCUCUCUGGGAGAUUUUAGUAUCUUGUCUUUAUCCUUGCCGCCUUGCUGUAGGAUGUUUUUCAUGCAUUGACCUGGGUACUUGCUGGGACUUUUUAUCUGGAAAUGCAUGUGUUUCAGAUCAGGGAAAAUUUUUAGAAUUUUUUUUUUGUUACUUUCUGUUUUUGUUUUGUUUUGUCAUAUUUGUUUUGUUUUCCCUAGGAACUCUCUUUAGUAAGAUAUUGUUUUAACCUCUCUUUUCUGUCCUACUUACCAUAUCUUGUUCUUUGUGUUUUGCUUUUUAGGAGAUUUUCUUGACUUUGUAUUUUAAGAUUUUUAUCGAAGUUUAAAAUGCAUUCAUCAUAUUUUAAUUUCCAAUAGCUUGUUCUUGUUCUCUAUAUGUUCCUUUUAAGUAGUAUCCUGUUCUUUCUUCAUUGAUGCAAUAUCAUUUUUUCUGUCUCUGAAAAUAUUAAUUAUAGGGUGGGGUUUGGGAAACAUUCCUUGGUCUCUGCUCAUAUGAAGGAAUGGGACCCUAAAAUAUUGAUUGACAUAUCUAUACGUAUGAGCAAGGUUUCUCUAAUGGUGAACUUCUUUGUGGAAUGAUGGGGAUCAACACAGUUAACUGUUUUUAUGUUUGUUUUAUUUUUAAAUGGGACAUAUAUCUCCAAGUCUUUUCUCUGAGGGUGCUCGAUGCCUCCUGAGAAGAUUUCUGGAAUCCCCUCCCUAUUGAUCUAUCAACCUUAGUAUUUAUCUUGAGUUUCUACUACUUAUAUGGACUAUGUAAAAUGAAUAAAUGAGUGCUUCUAAGUUUAUGUUCUACUUCACUGCCCUUUCCAGCUGUCAACCUCUAUCUACAUACUAUUAUUUUUAUAUUACAUCAUUUAUAGUACUUUGAUUCUAUUCAGUAUCUUUGACCACUACCCACUGAAGGAAGAACUAACCUUUGCUGUAUACUACGCUUACCAUUUCAUUUGUGGGCUUGGUUCACAAUGUGUUCAAUAAUCAUUCAUAAAAGGAAUUUGAUGUUCCAUGAGCUAAAACUUUGUACGAAAGAUCAAUUUUUAAAACUCUCUGCUGAAUGUAAUUCCUUCUAUGAUGCCACAAACCAAAAACAAGUGAUCUGUUCCUUUUCUGCAUUUAAUGGAGAUCCCAGGGCCAUGAGAAAGGCUAGGAAUAGCCAAGAUAAUCUUGAAACAGAACAAAGCUGGAGGACUAAUCCUCCUAGGUUUCAAGACUGAUUACAAAUCUAUAUUAAUUAAGACAGUGUGGUAUUGGUAUAAUUAGUAUGAAGCUGACUAUGCAGCUGAAUA